GGCGACUGUGUCAGUUCAGUGCAACUCUACCAACGUCGCGACGGAGCCGCGUUUGGUCUUCCCUAUCCCUACGCUUUACACGACUUUUCUCUGAAAAUUCGUAUUAUCACGCAAUAAAAAUCAUGUAAAAUUAGAUUGAAAUGCCAAGUCAGGAAGAUAUGGACCUUUGUACCGACAAGGUACUGUCCAAGGGGAGAAUACUUCAGGAACUAACGAAAGCUGUCAAAUUGGUUUAUGCUCAGAGCCUGUACGGUACGGUAGCCUUAGAUGGAGAUUCUUGGUUGGUCUAUUGGUUAGAUCGAGCAUUACGCCAUGGACUACGCGUAGAACGACACGGGUAUUGGGGUACUGCUCGUGAACUUAGUCACCAAGAUACCGUUGUUGUAAUUCAUGCUCUUCAAAGUGUCCUAACUUCCAUCGGAAAAGGUCGAGCAUGGCUUUACCAUACCCUCAGCGAAGGCAGCUUUGAAAGUUACUUAGCCUGUUUGUUACGGGACACAAAGACAUUAAAAAAGCAGUACUUUCCCCAUGCCCUUGUUCGAGACGCUGAUAAGACCAAUCAACUAGUUAAUCUCCUCGCGGGUCUAGAAAAUGUAUCCUUCACAUUGGAACUGGACGUGACAUAUCUGGAUACCUGCAAUUAUAUGCCUCAAAGGCCUAUGAGCGUAAAUCCUUCCGGAACCAUAUUAUCGUUACAUCUUAGAUCGUCUAGUGUUUCUUCGAGUUUAGCUUCUCCUGGUGACAGUGGUGUUGCAUUUGACAGCGAUAUGGAUCUUGCAAAUGAGACUGACGCCAGUAGUUAUAAAGAGGAAGACUUUAAUCUCGAAGAAAUUCCAAAGUAUCGUAAUAAUAGAUACAAGACGAUGAUAAACAAUCGCAUGGAGGACAAUAAAAACUUAAGUUCCAGCGAUUCUAGCGAAGAUGGAAAGACACCUACGCCAUCACCUGGAAUGGUCACGAAAUUUCAAAAUACAUCUGUGACGAAAAGCGACAUAGAGAAUCAAAACUUAACAAGGAAACUCGAUGACAAUGAGCUUAAUUGUUCCAGUCUGGAUACUUUAAAGGAUUUCGAUUUUUAUAGUAAAAGCCUGGACGAGUCCAAGUUAGACAAAAUAAAUAGCAAGCUUGACAACGGCGUCAAAGAAUUAAAGAAAAGAAGCAGCUAUUACAGCGACGGUAGUUAUAGUUUUAAGAGAAACGUUGAUCCCCGUAAUUCCUACGUAAUUAAUAAUGACACGAAUCUCCUGGAACUCAGCAUGACUAUUUCGGAUUGCGAAAACAUGGAAGCACCUUACGGUAUUUUGAAUACCAUCAACGUGACGGACUCUAGUAUUUUGUCAUCUUCCAACUCGGAAGCUCUGGUGCAACGUAGACAACGUAAAAAGAAACGCGGGGAAAGUAAAAAGCGCGUCAGUUUUCACGAAGAUAUUUUGAAAACUAUGAAAUUGGAUGACGAUGAGAACUACGCUGAUUUCUCUAUGAGUUUCUUAACACUUAACUCGGUUCAAAAGAAAGAUGUUCAGAAAGGAAGAUACAGUUGGUGUGCCCACGGAGAUUCCCCUUACGUUCAAAAAAAUGUAAACACUAGGAACGCACACUCGGAUUAUUAUUCGUACUCCUCGUCAUCAAGUAUCUUCGACAGUGACAACGAGAAAAAAACUUGUAUAAAAACGUGUGAACAGUCACUGUGUCAGAGCAACUGUAAAUGUGCUUGUGGAUUGUCGAUUUCGGAACGCGGUGUGCCAGAAGGUCAAGAGGAUCCUGGUAAAUCGUUAAGACCUAAAAUGGAAAUUGAAUUGGAAGAGAACGAGGCGCAAGAGGCGUAUAUUGUUGAAAAAGCCUACGGAAAUAUCGUGGAAGAUCCUCCGGCGAAAGUCGAUAUGCCUUGUCCAUCCAAUUCCAGAAAAUACUCUAGUUCCAAUGAUUGGUCCGAUGUAGAUAGUACUACCACAUCGGACUUGGAUGAACGUAGAAAUAGUAGGCAUCUAGCUUCACCGUCGAGAAAACGUAAUAUGACGUCGAUAUUGACCGGGGAAAAUAGCAACAAAUUAUUGGCACCGCCGCCUUUAAGACAGGCACCAUCUAAGACAUCGUUAUUGAGUAGAUUCUUGAAGUCUAUCACGGAGCGAAAAUUCGAAAUUAAAAGGAGCAAAAAGUCACAAAAAUCGAAUCCGUUGUACAUCAAGGGAGUGAAAACAAGCUAUGAUUCGUUUAAAGAUUUUAACGACAAUCUUGAUCGAGAGAUACAAGAGAACGUUGAAGCGGAAAAACAAGAAUUCAGCGGUGAGAAAGUUAGUUUAAAGUUACGAGAACUGUUUAAAAAACACAUAUACAGAGACAAAACGGAAGAAUUAUACAAGGUAUACAAAGUUAGGAGUUCGUACAUGACAAAUGGAGAAAGUAAACCAAUGAUAGCCUUAUUAACAGACAAGACGCUAUACUUGACAGGCUCGAAACUGGACCACACUUAUAGCAAUCAAUUCGUUAUUCCUUAUAACGAGUUAGAUGUUAUUAUGAUUGGACCAAAUGCACAAACAAUAUUAUUAUCGAACGCGGAUUACGAGAUGCAAUAUUUAUUUUCUACGGGAAGUUCCCAAACUACUUCAGAAUUAAUUGGUCAUCUAGAAAUGGCAAUGAGACGAUCUCCAACAAAACCAAAGCUUCCAGCAGUCAAAGAAUUGAGCUACGCGGACAUGCAUAUUUUAAGACACUCGAUUCUUUGCGAUACGGCUGUACAUCCUGAUGAAAGAAUCGAACAUUACAAUCUUAUAUAUAUGGAAGAUGAACACAUGUCACCUCCUAGCACACCGUGUGGACCGACCAAGGAGGGUGACCUUAUGUAUAGACCACACACUUAUCAGCAGCUUCAUCCUAAUGCUCCUACGAAUCCAUGGGAAGCGGGAUAUUUUGUUCUGAAAGGUGGUGUUGUUUAUAUGUUUACGGAUGCAAAUCAACGACUUCCCAAACGAGCGAUUCCAUUGAAGGGUGGUCUUUGUCAAGGAUGUCGAAGAAUCCCUAAUUCCCAUCGUCCGCAUACGUUCGAAAUACUUUUAAAGCCGAACAAAGCCUUUCAAUUCGCCGCUCCAGACGAGUAUGUAGCUUCAGAAUGGUUGCAAAGUUUUGUUCAAAGUGCAUCCGGAUUGUUCGACGCUUCGGAGAAUAGGGAACCUUUACCGUGCAGUCUUAUCAUGACUACCAAGCACUUGGUUGCCAUGAAGGAAGUAUUCCCUGGUAAGCAGCGUGGACAAACGCUUUCCUGUGCCUCUGUAGAAGACCUCACGGCCUUUAGAGUACCUCUGACUCAACAAUCUUGGUGCAUACUGGAGUUCGCGUGUCGAGAAGUACACGAAAGCAGUGGCGAUUGGGUCAUAUAUUUCACAAAUUAUACAGAACUGUGCACCUUCAGAGAGAUUUUGGAAACGCUAUGGGCUGAUGCAAGUUUGGGUGAAUUUCCUAUGGUAACGCUUCCGCCAGAAGAUAGGCUUCACCGACGUUGCUCGGAUGCUAGUAAAGAACUAGAGUUUGCAUGGCGAUAUUUACUACCCUCGGAAAUCGACUAAAUAUUGAGAUGUGCCGAUAGACAAUAGCGAGCAUGAUUGUAUCGGGUAAGAGAAAUUUACAAAAUGUAAGUAUUCGACAAUUCAAUUCGCAAAUAUACAUAUACAGCGAUACGAUUGACUUGAAUACAACGGCUAAAGUCACUCGCUAAGCAUCCACGUAAUGAACACAUUUAACUUCGCUCGAAAUGGAUGCGUUAUGUUUCUCCGCAUCAGCGUGAAGUGAUGGCGUCAUAUAAGUAUAGGUAUUUAGCGAUACAUAAUAUCGAUGUGCUAAUUCAACCAAACGGUGCAAUACCAUUCUAAUAAAAUAAGCCACCUCGAUAAUCUCUAUCAUUAAUAAUGAUGCAAGAUUGUAAUAUAACGAUGAGUGCAUAUGAUCAUUGUACCAGUUACAUGGAUGUCUAUAUAUUCACAUUUAUUGUAAGAACUAAUUCGCAUUUGAAAAUGCACCAUCGAUAUUGAACCAUUCUUAAAACAAAUGCUAAUAAAGUGGCAGUAAGACAUAGAGCAGCUUCAAUAAUAAAGAAUACUCUAUUAUACAUUGAAGUAAUUGUAUGACAUUAUAGUUACACAUUCCUAAUAGUAAUAUUGAUAAUGACAGUAAUUAUAACAACACAGCUUUCUAAUUUUAUUUUUAAUACCUUCUCUUUUUAAUAUGCGUAUUUCAUAGCUUCAAAAUUGUAAACUGUUUUAGAGCUAUAUUGCUUUGUUUUCAGUUGCAUUGGUAUAAUAAUAACUGAUCAUGAAAGAUAAUUAUAUCAUAUCGAUCUGAAGGUGCUUUUACUUAAUGAUUCAAUAUUUCAAAUGACGAUUCAAUACUUUCCUUCUUUACGUAGCGUUGAAAUCUUAAACAUCGUCAAAAUAAAUAUAUCGAAAGAAACUAGGAUGGAAUAGUUUUGUUGCGUUAUUCAAAAAAUUGUUUUCCUUAAAUAUCAACGGUACCCUUUUAUGUAGAAGAAACAAAUCAUUUUAUGCGCCAAAGAAGUUUCUUCUAAAGUGCGAAUUAAUUUGUUGUUCGAAUGAACGAUCCUGUAUGUUUUCUUUUUAUUAAGUCAUAUUUUACGUUACCGAAACUACAUGAAUGGAUGCAGUCUGUAAAUCAAUUGUGAAUAAAAUCGUAAUACUAUAUGCAUCAUUUCAUGUAGUCGUAAAUAAUUGUGAUAAAGCAUUUAAACAAUAAAGCGUUAAAUUAAUGAAUUUCUGUAUUACACGAUAACAAAAUCGGAAAUAUAAUCAGUUCCCUGUGUUAGUUUCCAGCGCGUGUAAUAGGACAAAGUAUUACACUUCUUACAUGCUUCGUAUAAGCAUGAUUCUUAAUUAUUAUGACUACGGAAUUUUUGCACAAUGUCAAUGCCGUCGGACAUAACCAUCAAAGUUACAAAAAAAAAUGAAUAGAAAUAAAAUUAUGACUAGUCAACAGAA